GGCAUAUCUAUAAUGCGACCACAUAAAGUAUCUUUAAUAGUAGGAACACUAGUACUAUGUUUAAUUUGGUAUACUUCAGUAUUUUGACUCUAUGCUUCAUCGACGCAGUAAAGACAGAAUGUCACAUAGGAUGGUUGCAUUAUGGAAACUCUUGUUACCUUUUCAGUUCCACAAAGAUGAGCUGGUAUAAUGCAGCUAGUUCAUGUCGAGAGCAUAGCGCUAAACUGGCAGAAAUAGAGACACAAGCUGAGGAUAGAUAUAUUACGAAUAUUGCACAAACUUUAAGAUCAUUUUUCUGGUUAGGUGCCAGAGACGACGUUGUCGAAGGUACGUUUGAAUGGUCAUCCGGAACACCCUUUAUAUAUACAAACUGGCAUCCUGGGGAACCAAAUAACGGUGGUCCAGUAGGAUCAGAAGAUUGUGUAUUCACUGAUGGAGGAUGGACUGACCAGUCAUGUGACGUAAAAAAUAGUUAUGUAUGCGAAAAAGAAUAUCCCGAAGAACUUGCAACCGAUGCUCCUGUUGUCGGGAAAUAACGAUUAGAUGGAAUGGCUGCAUAAUAUGGCGAUAUAAUCAUAAUCACUAACGCAAAUUUAUAUUCAAUGUUUGAAUAAAAUUAUGGAGUUGUUGU